CCCUGUGUGGUGCUUUAAGUUGCAAUUUGAUUCCACAAACUGACAACUUUUCCAAAUAACAGGAGAAACGUGCAUUGCUUCAAUCAGAACUAUAUUUGAAGAAAACUCUAUUUUUCUUCGGGAUACAAUUUGAAAUCGGAACCAAACAUGAGCCGUCACGAAAGAGUGAUAUCUCUGCCGAAUCUGUCAGGGGGGUACUCACUGACCCUCUCUUCCAAUGGUGCAAACACACUGGUGAUUCGACUGGUCCCUGAUGGGCCGGACAACAGUACUGCGGUGGAUGCUGGUGGUGGCGGUACUGGAGGAGGAGGAGGGUUUGGAUGUGGGGAUGUGAAUGCGAAUGAUAGCUUUGACAGUGGUUACCAAGGCUACACGCCCACUCGGAAUAGGAACACUUACCAUGGCUUCAAGAAUGGGUUGAACAAAAUGAACAAUGGAUACUAUUCCUUACCGAUCCGCAAGAAGAGCAAAGCGGACUACGCUGAUUUGCAGGAAGGUGAUCGUGUUUUGUCGAUCAACAGUAAGUCGGUACGGAACGCAGCCCGUGAUGUCGCCAUGGCUUACAUCGACGAGGCCAACGACUCGCUCGAUCUCGAGAUCGUCAGAACAAGAAGUGCCAACCCAAGAAUGCAAGACAGACAGAUGAACAUGCAGAAGAAUCAAGAUAAACAAAGUUCAGCGGACCGGCGGAUGUCAAACGGCAGCAACGCAGUCCGUAAAGUGACGACGACAACGACUCGGAUCAAGACGACGAAGGAUGGCGAACGACUUCAGGAGACGGUGACGAAGACGGUGAUGGAAUCACUGGACGGCGAGACACCGAAAACCGUGGCGCAGACGACAUCGGAGCGCAAUGACAUGGCGGGACCCGUGCGAAAACAGAUCGGAGUGACAGAGCAUACAGCUCCCAUCAAGAUGGAUCGUGGGAGACGAACCAGUGACGUCAUCAUCACUCAUCCACAGAAACCAACGACCGAUCGACCACGAGUAUCAGGCAAUGUGAGUGUAGGGCAGCCAUCCACUAUCACCAUAGACAAUCAACACAAGCAAGGGACAUGGCAGGCGACACAACGCCAACCAUCACCGGCCAAACAACAACCCGUCUAUCAACAAAUGCAACAACCUCAACGUCAGCAACCGCAGCAUCAACAACAGAAACCAAAGCCCAAAUUCGAGAUGCCCAAACCGAGCGACAACCCGCGCUAUGCGCCUCCGGGUCCGAAAACCGGUUUCGCCCUCCAGUUCCGGCAACCAGCGCCAGUGCAGAAGAGUAAGAAGCAAUCAGCCUAUGAACCGGUCAGCAUCAUGCAAUCCAAGCCUUCUGGACGGGAACUUACCAUCACAUUUGCCAUGCCAGAUGAAAAUACAAAGGUGGACUUCGGUAGCCCGCCGGAAUCACCGAGCGGUAUGUCUGUAGACAGUGGUGUACCCCCCGAGUCACCCCUUAAGGAAGACAGUACAGAUGUCUACAGGGAUCCGAGUAUCAUCCUCCGGAGUCUCGCUAAGGACCAGCCUCUAGCAGAGCGAUUACAGCGGCCGUACUCGGAACCAGCUGGAAGGGUUACCGAAGAACCUGAAGUCUCUAUUGUCGAGAAAAGACGGGCGUGUAAAACGAUCGCAGACCUUCUCAUGUUUCCCAAGAACAAGCAGGCAAAAGGUGCGAGGAUGUUCGCAAAGCGUCGUAAGCGAAGUGCCAGGUACACCAUCGAGGCGACCGGACAGAAAGAUUCGGAUGAAGAUAGCGAGGGAUCGUCUACUGGCGAGUCUGGAGCAGCAAUCAUCACCAUCAAGACGGCCCCACCACCACCACCACCACCGAUGAUGAAUGGGAGGAUUCCCGCACCGCCACCACCACCUCCAGGAGGAUUUACACAGCGUAUCAAGGUAGAACCAACCAACUUCAACGUCAAGCUGAAGAGCAAAGCAAAAUGCGAGCACGUCUCGGUGUCGCCGAAACAGUGCCUGGUCCUAGCUGCUGGCCUUAAGGGUCAAUCCGGCGGCAGAGCAGCAGAAAUGUUUGAAAAGAGGAGAUUAAGAUCAGAACAAUUUGUCCUUGACGAGUCUACAAUAAAGCAUGCAAAACCAUCUUCGUUUAGUAAGCCACCAGGACCGGAGAAGUCAACAACGGCAGAGAUUCAUAUCAAGAAGUUAUCCCCUUGGGAGGCGGCACAAGAAUCACCUGUAGGUUCUGUCUCCAGAGCCUUCCCGAAAAAAGAGGUGAAGAUCCCACCCCCGAUGAAGAUCCCUCCUCCUACUCAGGCCAAGCCUAAACCAGCAGCACAGCUCCCUGCAAAGCCUGGUUUCAAAGCGUCUCGCGACCUCCCCAAGUACCCGGCACCACAGGCCAAGGAUUCAAUACCACUCAAACCAGGGUCAACGCUCCCUAAGGCCAACUUUAAAGACUUUAACGUCAAGCCACGCGGUUGGGGCAGGUCAUCUACCGGUGAUAACCGGUCCGGAUCUCCGGCUUCGUUGAACUCUGAUCAGGGGUCAACUGGUAGAGGCCAGAUCGGAACCAAGCCACUCAAAUACAGCGGUGGUUUUAAUGAUUUCAACCCCAAACCCAGGUUGUUCGGUAUCGAUUCACCAAGGCAUGGUGCGCUUUCACCUACCGUGUCACUAGCCGAGAGCGACGAUUUAUAAAUGUGCGUUCGCCUUUUACACCAGAUAAGCAGAACAUUUUCGAUGGUGGUUUCUAACGAAAGGGGAAAAUCUCUAGGAACACGUUGCUCGACCGCUUUGAAGAUUAGGCACCCAUGACCAUGAGUGACUCUUUAAAAAUUACUUUUUAAAUGACUUUCUGUGAAGUGAUAUAACAAAUCUGAAUGGCAUAGUCUACACAAGUACGGCAUCUUUUCUUGAAGAAAAAAAUACGUUCGGUCAUAGGGGAUAGUUUGGCAAUCGUCUCCAAUGGUGAAGAUGUAUGUACCAUUUUGUUCACAGUGUGCUUCUGUGUAAGCUGGAGGAGAUCAACGCAUUUUCUAGAAGAAUCCCGAACUUUUUCCUGUGACUAUUACUGCUUAAACCAAGUCAGGAAUAUCACAUGUUUUAGCAAGAAUUACCUACUUCGUUCGAUAGAACAGCCUUCAAUCAUAAGUUAUAGAAUUACAUGUACAGUAAGAUACGAUACUUCAUGUAAAUGUACAUAUUUUUGUGCGAGCAGUUUUUAGCCUUGAGCUCAAUAACCAUCGUUGAAACUUACCUGUAACUGAUAUGCAUUUUAGAAUUUCGAAUGAAGUUCUAAAAGACAAUUUAGGACAUUGUUUUGUAGCUCCUCAACCAAAUAAUUGCUAUGAAAACUAUUCCUUCACAUAUAUCUAUAGUAUAAAAUGUAAUUGACCGGCUCGACUUAGACUACAUCGCACUUAUAGUAAGCAAGACUUGUGAGUGUACAAAUUUGUGUUGUUUGUCUACGCUUAUAUUCGUUCAUCAUUGUGUAUUAAACUAUCGUGCAUCGGGGGUUUCUGAAUUCGGUUACGGUGAAAAUAAGCUCUGAUAGAAAAGAAAAGAACAUAAUUUGUCAAUUAUUUUAUGUGUGAUCAUAAUCAACGAAUGUUAGAGCGGAGAAGAUUACAAUUGAUUUCGUUUCUUUCUACUCUACAUUCAAGAGUUUUCGUUCUGAUGCGAUGGUUUGCGGCAAAUAAAAAUAAAAUAGGAAAAAUAUAUGACUGCUUGAGUAGCGUGGAGUAUAAUGUGGAUUGAUAGGGCACUUUGUUCAGCCAACACGAUCGCAAACGCUUUCGAGAAAUCAACUUAAGGGAGAUUUCAAUUCCUUAUUGCAUUGUCUAUGAUGUUUUGAUUACGUAAUAUGCCAUUGUCAUGUUCGCACUUUUUAUGAAAUGACGCACGGGGUCAUUAAUAUCGCCUUGUUAGUUAGGUUGAAUCAAACAUGCCGUUUGCUCGUAGGACUUUGCAUUACGUCAAAAACACAUUUAAAAAGAAGUAAGUGAUAAUGCAUGGCGAUUGUAUCACAAUGUUUAUUGCAAGCUAAGUGUAAAGGAUGACAAAUUUUUAUCACGCGAGUCUAAGAAAAUUAGUCCAGAGUCGUAGUUGAGUUCGAACCCAGGCCACAUUUCAGUUUCGUGUUCAAAUCCUAUGGAUUGUAAUAUUUCUCAGCGGCCUCGUGCCUUGGUACUGCAAGCUUCUACUACGUCACUGGAAACUGUCAUGUACUAUUUCGUAAGAGAGUGACGCUAUAUCUCUGUAAAAUUUAGAAUGAAACAGCAAUAUCGUUUGUAUCGAGCCAGAAGGAUGUUAACCCAUAUAUAUAUUUUUUAACAGAGUUGAAGGAGUUGAUCAUAUAAAUCACCUCACAUCAACGUCAUAUUGUCACAUAAUGUGUGCUAGCUUUCGCCUGACCUGUUCCUUUCUGUGACAUUACAUCUCAUUUUAGAAUUGCUCUAUCUGAAUAUGAUAGGUACAAAUGAAUGCUUGAUCCGAAUGUAUUUGAUGAGAUUGAGUACAGUGCCUUACUUUAUCGGUGAUGAUGCCUUUGUAAUUAUAGUACACAUAUAAAUAUGUAUACCAUAUUGUGUUCAAAUGGAGAGCUAGAGACUGAGUUAUCAUUCAAAAGUGCACUAUUUUUUAAAACAAUACGUACUCAAUAAUCGUGUUUUUGUAUGUAAGUUCUUGCUCCUCUUCCGCGUAUAAUGAUGCUGUACAUUUGAAAAGAAAAUCCGACCUUAUUUAUUUGCUUUUGGAUGCUUGGAAGAUGAUGUUUGGAAAAAUAGUAAAUUGUUAUAUUAUAUACCAUCUGUGUUACAAUAAUACCAUAUGUCUUUGUUAAGUAUGAAUUCGUUUGAAUAUUUUGUAUGUUGAGCAUAUCAUGAUGAGAAGAGUCUAAUAUUAGUUUGUUUUAGAUUGCAAUUGAUUUAUUUCGUCUUGUUUUGAAGAGAUGAGAUACUAAUAAGUGAGUCCAAUAGAAAGGUUCAUGAAUUUGUAAAAUCCUGUCGGAAAGAAUAUAUUGUCAAACAUAUGGUUGUACUUCAAAGGAGAUUGCCAUAGUCCUAUUCUUUUAGAUCGUGUAAACCAAAGAGCUGUCACAUCUGUCCAUAUCGUGUUCACAUUGGUUUCAUACAUGGACAUGUUGUAGUAAAAGUGGGAAUUUACAUAAACGUACGGCAAUAUGAACACGCCCUCUUCUCUCCGUGUUCACAGUAUUGAACACUGUGGCUAGAAAGAUAUCCAUAGAAUGUAACAAUACAGUUUAAAAACAAAUUAUACGUUCACGGUGUUAGCAGUAUGAAUACAUUCUAUCAUCAAAGUUUGUUAACGCUGUUACACAGUGUAAACUACUGUGGGCAAAGUGGGUACAUAUUACUGUGUAACCACAUGAUGGAUCACAAAUGCCGUGCUAGUACUGACAUUAUGAAUCCAUAAUGACCACACUGCGGAAAAAUGAAUAUAGUUUCGGCAACAUGAACACACUUGUUCAACCCGUUUCUUACUGUUUCAUAAGUGAACGCACUGUGGUCGGAAAAAGACAUCACCAUUAAAAGUAACAGCAGAGAGGUUUUUGGACCAGUUUGACAGCGUGGUCAAUGUGGCAGACACGAUUCCCACAUAAAGGUACACUCUGGGUUCGCAAACGUUUCAUAUGGUAACAUACUGUGGGGUGUGGUCAGAAUAGUAAAUGACAGUGUGUGUACAUCACAGUGUGGUCAAACAUAGGAGCUGAAAUACUUCCAUAGGCUGGCAGAUACUAGAUGUAAUUUCACAACGUGUCACUGCGUGCAAUCAAUAAGCGUACGCAUGAAGGCAGUGAGGAUUUGGAGCAUUUUCAUAGUGUCACAGUGUGAACAAAUGUGGUCAUAGUAGCUCAUACUGUGGGACAGUAUAUUCUUUCCGAUGGGAACAUGUUGUAGAGAAUAACAUGGAUGAAAUGAGCAUCUUUUGCAAUCAAUGCUUACAUCUUAAGUCAGGUGUCGCAAUCGUAUUUUGAUGAGAACCUUAAACACAUGACUACACGAAAUAUAGUUGAAAUCUGUUUUAUGCCUAUUUUUUCUUUUGAUAUAAGCUUCACGUUGUGUAGCUUAAUUAUAGGUAGGAGAUUUGAAUCAAUACAGUCUGUUUUGAAUUUUGGAGUGAAUAAACUUUCAAAAAAUGACUCACGGUGUG